UAUAUAAAGCAGGCAAAUUUUUAGAAUACCGUAAACAAUCUUUAACAUUCAUAUGCCGUGUACGAAGUGUAGUAAUUGAUGAAAUUAACAAUAAUUCAUUUAAACUAAAAAUUGAUCGAAUCCUUUCACAUGAGAAUCUUUCUAACUGCCAUUCAACAAAUAAUCAACAUACUCGUGGAAAUAGUAAUGAGUUAUGGUUAGUUGAAGGUGAAGUAAAUUUGGUUGAUCUGGUGAAUAUAGAAUGA